AUGCGCCAACCGCGCAACGCUCUCUUCGCGCUGGCCACCACGGCCUCCGCCGCCUCUCUCUCCGACGUCUGCACCGUCUCCCACGUCAAGAACAUCCUGCCCAGCGAUGGCACCCUCCUCGGCAUCAACAUGCUUCCCUCGGCCGUCACCGCAAGCGUCUACAACGCCAGCUCCAGCUCCUCAUCCUCCAGCUCGGGCGGCAUGGGCAUGGGCGGCUCCUCGUCCUCAUACAACUACUGCAACGUGACCGUCUCGUACACCCACCCCGGCAAGGACGACACCGUCGUCAUCAAGUACGCCUUCCCCAGCCCCUCCGACUUCAAGAACCGCUUCUACGUCGCCGGCGGCGGUGGAUACUCGCUCAACAGUGACGCCACUGGAGGCCUCGAAUACGGCGCUGUUUCGGGCGCAACGGAUGCUGGCUAUGAUGCGUUCAACAACGACUACGACUCGGUUGUUUUGCAGGGAAAUGGCAGUGUUAACUGGGAUGCCACUCACAUGUUUGGUUACCAGGCUCUUGGUGAGAUGACUCUUAUUGGGAAGGAGCUGUCCAAGGGCUUCUAUGGUCUUGCCUCCGAUGACAAGGUCUACACCUACUACGAGGGCUGCUCUGAUGGAGGCCGUGAGGGUAUGAGCCAGGUCCAGCGCUGGGGUGAGGAGUACGACGGUGUUAUUACCGGUGCUCCUGCUUUCAGAUAUGCUCAACAACAAGUGCUGCACAUCUUCUCCUCCGUCGUCGAGCACACCCUCGACUACUACCCUCCUCCCUGUGAGCUGGCCAAAAUCGUCAACGCCACCAUCGCCGCCUGCGACCCCCUCGACGGCCGCACCGACGGCGUCGUCUCGCGCACCGACCUCUGCAAGCUGAACUUCAACCUGACCUCCAUCAUCGGCACCCCCUACUCCUGCGCCGCGCAAACCUCCACCUCCCUCGGCUUCGGCUUCAGCAAGCGCAACGACCACAAGCACAAGCGCCAGGCCGCCGGCAGCGAAACCUCCUACCAGCCGGCCCAAAACGGCACCGUCUCCGCGCAAGGCGUCGCCGUCGCCCAAGCCAUCUACAACGGCCUGCACACCACCCAAGGCGAGCGCGCCUACCUCUCCUGGCAAAUCGCCUCCGAGCUCUCCGACGCAUCCUCAACCUACAACUCCACCACCGGCAAGUGGGAGCUGGACAUCACAUCCAUGGGCGGCGAGUACGUGCGCAAGUUCGUGCAGCUCCUCGACCUCGACAACCUCGACACCCUCGACGGCGUGACCUACGACACCGUCGUCGGCUGGAUGGACACAGCCAUGGUCCGCUACUACGACACGCUGCAAACAACCCACCCCGACCUGACCGCCUUCAAGCAAAGCGGCGGCAAGCUCCUGCACUACCACGGCGAAUCCGACCCCUCCGUCCCCGCCGCCUCCUCCGUCCACUACUGGCAGUCCGUCCGCGCAAUCAUGUACCCCGACGAAAGCGACGCAGACAUGAGCGACUUCUAUCAGUUCUACCUCAUUCCCGGAGCAGCGCACUGCGGCACAAACACCCUGCAGCCAGGCCCAUACCCGCAGAACAACAUGGAGACCAUGAUCGAGUGGGUGGAGAACGGGACCAAGCCGUCCCGCCUCAACGCGACCGUGUCCUCGGGCGACUAUGCGGGCGAGACGCAGAUGCUGUGCCAGUGGCCGACCCGGCCUCUGUGGCAGAAUGGCAGCGAUACGUUUAGCUGUGUGCGGGAUGAGAAGUCGGUGCAGAGCUGGACGUAUGAUUUUCCGGCUUUCAAGAUCCCCGUCUUUUAG